AUGACUAAAGCACCUUGUCCUAGAGCAAUUUUUGUCCGUCAUGGUCAAACUGAAUGGUCCAAAUCAGGUCAAUACACUUCAAUCACAGAUUUGGAAUUAACACCUUUUGGUGUUGAACAAAUGAGAAGAACCGGUAAGGCAUUAUUCUCUACAGAUUUCAUUAAACCUGAUCAAAUCACUUAUAUUUUAACAUCUCCAAGAAAAAGAGCAUUACAAACCAUUGAAUUAAUCUUGGAAAGUAUUCCUUCUGAUAUUAGAAAAAACAUUCAAAUUGUUAUUGAUAAUGAUUUAAGAGAAUGGGAAUAUGGUGAUUAUGAAGGUUUAUUAACUUCUGAAAUCAUUGCUAAAAGAGCUGCUAAAGGUCUUGAUAAAGAAAGACCUUGGGUUAUUUGGAGAGAUGGUUGUGAAAAUGGUGAAACUUCUGAACAAGUUGGUUUAAGAUUAUCAAGAGUUAUUGCAAGAAUUCAAAAUAUUCAUAAACAUGCAAUUAAUGAUAAUAAACCAAGUGAUGUCUUGGUUUUCGCUCAUGGUCAUACUUUACGUUAUUUUGCAGCUUUAUGGUUUAAAUUAGGUGUUGAAGAAGCUAUUAAUGAUUCAACUCCAAAAUAUAUUAAAUCUUAUGAAAAUGAUGAAAUUGAAGCUGUGGAAAUUGAAACUUAUAGAUAUUUAAAUUCAAAUCCAAAUUUCAUCCUAGAUGCUGGUGGUGUUGGUGUUUUAAGUUAUGCUCAUCAUAAUGUUGAAGAACCUGCAUUAUCCUUAGCUGGUGCUUUUGUUGUUCCUCCAGAAGAACAAAGUGCUGAUUUUUGA